AUUUCAUUAACCAAAAUAUCUAUAAAGAACGUUGGAUACUGGAUUGGCGCGACAAUUAAGACGUACGUUUCUCAGAUAAUACGUUUCGGGAAAUCAGAAAAGCUAUGGCAGAAAGUAAUGACAAGCUUAAGCAGAUGGAGAAGGAGAUGGAUAGAUUUGAGGCGGAAAUCGCCCAUCAGUCAUCUGUUCCUGCUCCGAAUGUUCCACUAUCUGGCGGGUUUACUUUCCCACCAGCAACUACCUUUAUUCCUCCUCAGUUACGUGUGAAUCAGAGUGCAGCGAAUGUUGUUCAGCCAGUUUUCUCGGUUUUGCCGAUGCCACCAGGAGUAUCCAUGUUUGUCCCUCUGUCUCAGCCUCCUGUAUCCUGUUACCCUAUGAAUAUGGCGCACACACACAUACCACCUCCUAACCCGGUUUUUAUUCCACCUAAAACAUCUACCAUUUCAGUCCCUACUGCAAAGACGGAAACAUUUUCCGUUGCAGCAAGUAAUAAAGGGACCAAUGCGGAAUCGAAUCCUACCCAGAAAGUCAUCACUGCCGCGCCACAAAUGGCAGGGCCUAACGAGUUGGCGGCUCGGGCAAAGGAAGCUGCUGCUGCUGCCGCAGCUGCCAAAUCUAAAGCUGAAGACGAGGAUGACGAUGUUACUCGAGCAUUGUUAGCUGCAGCAGCUGGAGUUACUUACACACGUGUUCAGGGACCAGAUGGAAAAGAAAAAGUCACGGCUAGUAUUACAAAACCUCCGCUGACACCAGUUGUUGGACAGUCAAAUAAUAAAUCGAAACCAGCCAACUCAUCCGUAGAUACCGAAGCUGAUAAGGUGACACAAACUAUUUUACUCCCACCACCUCCCCCUUCUAUUUAUCGUUCCGCUAACACAAAUAAUACAAAUGAUCAGUUUACCAAGAAAAAGAAAUACAUCCGGACGGCUGCUGGAGUCACAUGGGAAGACCCAACCUUGUCCGAAUGGGAUCCAAAUGAUUUUCGAUUGUUCUGUGGAGAUCUGGGCAAUGAGGUGACAGACGAUACUUUAUCAAGAGCAUUCAAUCGUUAUCCAUCUUUCCAAAAGGCGAGGGUAGUUCGAGAUAAACGUACUGGAAAAUCUCGUGGCUAUGGAUUUGUCAGCUUUUCUGAUCCUGGAGAUUUCACUCGCGCUAUGCGAGAAAUGAAUGGUAAAUAUGUUGGUAACCGUCCAAUUAAACUUAAAAAGAGCGACUGGCGCAACCGCCAACUAGAAGUCCAUAGAAAAAAGGAGAAAGAAAAGAAAAAGCUUGGUCUAAAAAACUGAUGUGUUUUCCUCAUUAUAACUUGUAAAGUAACUUUCUGUAUAUUUUCUAAAUAUAAAAUAAUGUAUAGAUUUAAUAUCACCCUACACGAUGCUUUUUUUUGUUCCCUAUGGCGAUUUUUGUUAAUUAAUUCGAUGAGAAUGUAUUAGUAAUAAUCUACCUAAUUUUUCGUGAUAUAUUUCUUUAUAAGACCUUUACAAAU